UUGAAAGUACAUUUUUUUAGUUACUUACUUAAAACAGUAUGUGAAUAUUCCUCAAAUAGUUUUAAUAAUUUAUCAAUUUUUUAUCAAUUAAUUUUUUAAAUAUAUAUACAUUUAUUAAAAAAAAUUAGUUUUUGCCAUUAUUUUAUUUAAUGUGAAUUAAGAUAACAAUGAUAAAAGUAAUAAAAAUUAUAUCCAUAUCUAUCAGUGUUUUUCUUUUACAAGAAGUUGUCUUCUCUACUCAUUUUGGGAAAAAGAAGAGUAGAUAUUGGACAUCGAAAUCAGUUUUUAACAAUGAGAAAAAUCAUGAAAAUUGCGGGUACAAGUCUUGUGCAAAAGUAGACCCAACAAAAUUGAAUAUUCAUAUUGUGGCUCAUUCUCAUGACGAUGUUGGUUGGUUGAAAACGGUGGACCAAUAUUUUUUUGGAAAGAGAAAUAAUAUCCAAAAUGCAGAUGUUCAAAAAAUAUUGACCUCUUCUAUUAAAUCAUUGCAAAAAAAUCCAGAAAGAAGAUUUAUUUAUGUGGAAACAUCAUUUCUAUGGAUGUGGUGGGUGAGACAAAAUAGUAAAACAAAAGUUGUAGUUCAAUCCUUGAUCAAUGAAGGAAGAUUAGAAAUCAUUGGAGGGGGCUGGAGCAUGAACGAUGAAGCAGUGACACAUUAUCAGUCUGUAAUCGAUCAAUUCACUUGGGGUUUUAGAGUGUUAAAUGACAAUUUUGGAAAAUGUGCAAGACCGAAAAUUGGCUGGCAAAUCGAUCCAUUUGGACAUUCACGAGAGCAGGCUUCAAUGUUUGCCCUAAUGGGAUUUGACGGUCUUUUAUUUGGACGUCUCGAUUAUCAGGAUAAAAAUAAACGGAUGGAAACUCAGACAAUGGAAAUGAUUUGGAAGGGUAGUCCAAGUCUUGGUGCAAGUUCGAAUUUAUUCACAUCGAUAUUGUAUAAUUUGUAUGGUCCACCGAGCGGUUUUUGUUUCGAUAGUCUUUGCUCAGAUCAACCUUUAAAUGACGAUCCAGAGAGUCCACAUAACAAUAUAAAAAGAAGAGUAAAAGAAUUUUUGACCUUUGUCAACCGUCAGAACGAAUCAUAUCGAACGAAUAACGUAAUAAUUACCAUGGGAAAUGAUUUUAAUUACCAAGAAGCUGAAUCAUGGUUUUCUAAUUUGGAUAUACUAAUUAAAAAUAUUAAUUAUUUAUAUGGAUCGAAGUAUAAUGCAAUUUAUUCAACACCAUCAUGUUACUUAAAAGCAGUUAAUGAUGCACAAUUAUUUUGGUCAACAAAAACUGAUGAUUUCUUCCCAUAUGCCAGUGACACGCAAUCGUAUUGGACUGGUUACUAUACUUCCAGACCGACUAUUAAAUUCUAUGAAAGAAUGGGAAAUAACUUUUUGCAAGUAGUAAAACAAUUAUUGGUCUUAAAUAAUGAGCCGAACAAAAAAGAAUUAAAUAGAUUCCGAAGAGCUAUGGGGAUUUUGCAACAUCAUGACGCUAUUACAGGAACAGAAAGACAACAUGUCGCUGAUGAUUAUUCUCGAAUUUUGUCUAUCAGUAUGAGAGAGGGAAAUAAACUAAUGGCAAACACUUUAAGAAAUAUGAUGCAAAAAGACAUUAACUCAGAGGACACUUUAGAAUUUCAUUCUUGCCUUCAAUUAAACAUAAGUUCCUGCAAAUACACAGAGAACAAUAAAAAAUUUGUUGUUACUUUAUACAAUCCUACAAGUCAAGAAAUUUCAAUUUACGUUCGAAUUCCGGUUACAGGCACUUCGUAUCGAGUUUUAGAUUAUCUAGGAACAAAACUUGUAACACAAAUUGUUCCAGUGCCAUUAGAAGUGUUGAAUAUUCCAGGUCGAAAAAGUUUCGCCGAAUAUGAAUUAAUUUUUUUUGCACAACGAAUUCCUGCUCUUGGCUAUCAAUCAUUUUAUAUUAGUGAGAAAACGCAAGGAAGCGAAAUUCAAUUUAAUAAAUCAUAUACAUCUAUAAGUAGUAAUACAUGGGAUAUAUAUGUAAAUUCAAAUGGAAAAGUCGUUGUACAGUCUAAGACUAACCGACUUCUCAAAAUGCUUCAAUCAUUCCACUUUUAUAAAGAUAAAAAACAAAAUUCAAUGAAUUCUCAAAUAAAAUCUGGAGCCUACGUAUUUAGACCUAAAACUAAUGCUUUGAACAUUCGCUACGAAGGAUAUUACAAAAUAUUUAAAGGUCCAUUGGUAGAAGAGAUUCAUCUUGCAGUUAAUGAUUACAUCAGUGAAGUUAUUCGAAUUUACAAUGGGCAGGAUAGAAUUGAAUUCAAUUGGCUAGUUGGUCCACUCAAUACUCAGUAUGAUCAAGAGAUUAUCAUGAAAUAUAAAACAACGAUAAAAUCAAAAAAUAAGUUUUAUACUGACAGUAAUGGUCGUGAUAUGUUAAAGCGAAAAAAAAAUAAGCGUAAAACAUGGAAUUUUCACAAACCAAUAGCGAGAAAUUAUUAUCCAGUAACGACAAAAAUUUUUCUACAAGAUCGAAAAAAAAAAUUGAGAUUAACAAUUCUCACUGAUAGAUCACAAGGUGGUACCAGCUUGAAAAGCGGAGAAAUUGAUCUGAUGAUUCACAGAAGACUUUCAAAUGAUGAUGGAUUUGGUGUUGGUGAAGCUUUAAAUGAAACUGCUUUUGGAACAGGAUUGGUAGUAAGAGGAGAACAUUCUCUUCUUUUUGGACAUCCAUCGAGUGAAUUUAAACUCAAUGAAAAAAAUGAAGCCAUAAGAAUGGCACAUCGCCCUUGGAUUAUCAUCAGUCCUGUAGAAAACAUUUCUUAUGAAAAUUGGAAAAAUACUUAUAAAAUGCUGAGUUCUGGAUUAGCAGAAACGUUGCCACCCAAUGUUCAAAUUUUAACUUUAGAACCUUGGAAAAGUGGAACUGUUUUAUUGAGACUUGAGCACAUCUUCGAAUUGAAAGAAUGUAAAAAAUAUUCUGAUCCUGUCGAUGUGAAUAUUAAAAAACUCUUCGCCGCUUUUAUUGUUACAUCAGUAGGAGAAACUACUUUAGGUGGAAAUCAAUGGUUAAAUAAAAAUAAUCGUCUAAUAUGGAAUUCAAAUGAAAAUGAUAAUUUGGAAAAUAAUCAAUUCUUUGAACCUCUCAAUUUUACGAGUUCAGAUGAAAUUAUUGUACAAUUAAAACCAAUGCAAAUACGUACAUUUAUUGUAAAACUUGAAAAAAAUUAAGAAUCAAAAAAAGUGAAAGAAUAAUUUUAUUUAUAUUAUUGAAAGAGCAAUUUCGUUGGAGUUCGAAAGAGUUUUUCGCUUUUUUUUUAAUAUAGUAAUAUGACACUUGAAUUUUAAUUUAUUUUUCUAAAAAUGUAAUAUUAAAAGUCUUCUAGAUAAAAAAAGAAAAAAAAACAA